UUUUCAUUCCAAAACCUUCAAUUGUCCUCUCUUUUUUUCCCUCUACAAUCUUUUGGAAUUCUUCUUAAUUAUAUCAUACUGUUCAUAAUUUAAUCAGACAAUGGCGGCAGAGAAAGAAAGAGAAACUCAUGUCUACAUGACGAAGCUUGCCGAGCAAGCGGAGCGAUAUGAAGAGAUGGUGGAAUGCAUGAAGAAAGUUGCAAAGCUUGAUCUUGAACUUACCGUGGAGGAGAGAAACCUCCUUUCUGUAGGUUAUAAGAAUGUUAUUGGAGCUCGUAGAGCCUCAUGGAGAAUCAUGUCUUCAAUUGAACAGAAGGAGGAGUCCAAAGGUAAUGAACAAAAUGUAAAUCUCAUUAAAGGUUAUCGCCACAAGGUAGAAGAAGAGCUCUCCAAGAUCUGCAGUGAUAUCUUGAGUAUCAUUGAUGAACACUUGAUCCCUUCUUCCAAGACCGGAGAAUCUACUGUUUUUUACUACAAGAUGAAGGGAGAUUACUACCGUUAUCUUGCAGAGUUUAAGACCGAUCAAGAAAGGAAAGAUGCAGCAGAUCAGUCAUUCAAGGGCUACCAGGCUGCUUCCAACACCGCAAACACAGAUCUUCCCUCAACCCAUCCUAUCCGUCUUGGCCUCGCCUUGAACUUCUCCGUCUUCUACUAUGAAAUACUAAACUCCCCCGAAAGGGCUUGCCAUUUGGCUAAACAAGCAUUUGAUGAGGCAAUUGCGGAGCUUGACACUUUGAGCGAGGAGUCAUACAAGGACAGCACCUUGAUCAUGCAAUUGUUAAGGGACAAUCUCACCCUCUGGACCUCAGAUUUACCCGAGGAUGGAGGCGAAGACGGAAUCAAGGUUGAAGAACCCGCCAAAGCUGCUGAGCCUGAGAAGCAGCAGGGACAAGAGUGAGUUCAAAAAGGAGAAGCUCAUAAUUCAUGACAGAUGACAUACAUAUAGAAAGAAAUUUCCUGAAAUAGUCGAAUCCAUAGUUUGUUGUUUGACAUUCAUUUUUGCAUUUUUUUUUAUUAUCUAAACAUGUAAACGAACAGAGCUCUCACGUUGAACGGUAAUGAAACUUCAGUCGCUUCUACUA